GCCCAGUCGCGGCUCCGACGCCGACGCCGACACAUCACAGCCGCGCAGCGCCCGCUUACCGCCGACACACCCGGCACCACACUGCAGCAGGAGACACGAUGAGGUGGGCGUGCCUGUUGCUCGGCGUGCUGGCGGCCACGCACGCCGCCGACCUGGAGCAGCUGUACGAGUGGAACUUCCUGCCGUUCCGGCUGCCGCACGGCUUCCCGCGCGACGCCUACGUGCCGGAGAACAACGUCUUCACCGGGCUCGAGGUGGGCUGGAACCGCGUCUUCGUCGCCAUCCCGCGCCUGCGCAACGGCGUCGCCGCAACGCUGGCGGUCCUGCCCAAGGUGACGCACCCCGCCCACGGGCCCGCCGCGCCACCCCUCGACGCGUACCCCAGCUGGGCGUGGCACUCGACGGCGUCGCGGCCCAACUGCUCGACGCUGGUGUCGGUGUACCGGGCGCGCGCCGACCGCUGCGACCGGCUGUGGGUGCUGGACAGCGGCCUCAUGGACUCGCUGGGCACCUUCACGCGCGCCUGCCCGCCCAAGCUCGUCGUGUUCGACCUGCGCACCGACGCGCCCGUGCGCUCCGUCACCUUCCCGCAGGACGUGCUGCGCCCCAGCUCGCUGCUCACCAACCUCGUCAUCGACGACGAGGGCUCGCGCUCGUGCGACGACGUCUUCGUCUACAUGAGCGACAGCGCCGCGCCCGGGCUCGUCGUCUACGACGCGGGACGCGAUUCCGCCUGGAGGGUCAGCCAGUCCUACAUGUGGCCGCACCCUGACCGCAGCGCCUUCCAGGUGGCUGGCGAGUCGUUCACGCUGAUGGACGGCGUGCUGGGCCUGGCUCUGUCCCCGCCGCAGCCGCAGCCGCAGCCGCAGCUGCACCCCCUGGCCGGCCACGGGCAGCCCGCCUCGGGCUCGCGCCUCCUCUACUUCCAGCCCAUGGCCGAGACGCGGCUCUUCUCGGUGCCGACGUCGGCUCUGCGCGGCGGCCCGCUGCGCGAGCUGGAGGAGCUGCCCGUGUCCGUCGUGGGCCACAAGUCGUCGCAGUCGGCCGUGCUGCACGUGGACCAGCGCGACGGCGCCGUCUGGAUCAGCCCCGUCACAGAGGCCGCCGUCGCCUCCUGGCAGCCCGCCACCGACACCGCCACCGUCGUCGCCUACAGCCCUGACCUGAUCCAGUUCUCGUCGGAGCUGAUCCUGGCACCGCGCGACGACUACAGCGUGUGGAUGCUGUCUUCGCGCUUCCAGAAGUUCUUCCGGCGCACCUACAACCCGCACGAGAUCAACAUGCGCAUCCUCCGGAUACGCCUCGCGCCCGCCGUCGGGCCCUACUUCGGCCCCGGACUGCUCAACAACACCCUCGUCUUCGACGGCUUCUAGAGCGCGCGCCACCGGACCUCGCAGAGGUCACCUGUUGCCCGGACCGUUGCGUCGUUCUCCAAUCCAGCCUCGUCUCGUUACUACUUUCCAAAACUUUUGCCUUUUCAUCUCUCCUCCCGCAAAAUUAGUCUGAGAAGUAUCACGAACAAACUGGAAAAUUACCUUUGUUCUUAUUUACUCAUUUACUCAAUUCAGCUGUAACGUAAUAUCUGUACUGCAGCAAAACUACCAUACGAGGGCUGUCCAGAAAGUAAGUUACGAUCGGUCGCGAAAUAGAAACGACUACGAAAAUCCGAUAAAGCUUUGCAAAGAUGUGUUGGGCAGUGUCCCUAGUAUGACUGUAGGUAGAAUUAUGUCGCUCUUUUCAAUCCUGAGCUCUCAGUGAGCGCGUAAAGAUGUUAUAGAAAAUAGUGUCUCCCGCCAAGUACGAGGGCCUGGUGAGAAUUUUCCCCUGAAGCUAUGCAACCAACAUUACAUAACUGCCGUGCGGUUUCUUCUUCAAGACAAUUUUCAGCCUCAUUCUGCAGGGGCAAUGAAGGUGUUCCUGCAUCGUGUUCAAUUAGAAAUGUUUGGUUACCCACAAUACAGCCCGUAAUUGUCUCCCACUCAGCUUCAUCUCUGCUCAAAAGAACCGCUGGCUACGAAGACAACAUUUUGGCACAGACCACGAGCUUUAGGCCAGCGUAGAGAAUUGGCGGAAAUCACUGGCGGCUGCCUUCUAUGAUGACGGUAUUGUAAAGUUGGUACAACGCUACGACGAAUGUCUGAGUCAGAACGGCGACUACGUAGAGAAGUAGCUGAAAGGUGUAGCUAACUGUUACAAAUGAAACAUUUCUGAAUUUCACUGUGAUUUUCAUUUCGCGAUCAAUCGUAACUUACUUUCUGGACAGCCCUCGUAUAAUCAUGUUCCCACGAGCGUCAGUCAGCUACAAAUGCACUUUUCAGUUGUCUGUCGACCAGCAAAAGGAAAGUCCCUUAUUAAACUGAUGUUGUAUUAAUCUCUGAGCUGCUUCCUGACAUUACUUGGAUUCAUUGCAUUUUCACAUAGGUGAUAACUGGUCCGAAAAGCUUAUGUACACAAUAUUUUUUAUCACAUUAAACUUAAAUCUUACUGAAUAAUACACACAGACCAAUAAGUUUUCUCACACCAUAGGAACAGUAGCUGAGGUUCACAUUCAGAAUUAUUGUGAAAUUAUUAGAUAUUUCGGCUAAAAGAAAUCUGUAUUGCAGAUUCUAUUUCUAGACAAACUUUUACGUAAUUCAAGCUAUGGCCACAGUUUGUUACUUUUUUCUUCCCUCCCUUCUCAGACACUGAAGACACACAAGUCAAUAUCAAGUUUAAACGACAAUACCUAUCAUAUACCUUUACCUGACCGUCUACGGUUUGCUAAUGUAUAAUAACGUUUAUGUACAGUAUACAAUCUUGUACAGCAAAAUCGGAUUCUGUAGCUACGGAUUUGAUAGUAAAAUCGCUUGAAUUAGCGUUCUAAAACUAGCCGUAAUGGUUAACGGAAUCAGACCAUAUUUGUUCGAAUUUUUUUUUAUAUGCACAAAUCAACAAGUGCUUCUUACUUGUAUAAACAGUUAAUAAUCCCUGUACUCACAUUAAAUGAAACAUGCAACUGUCUGUUUAAGCUAAACCAACGAAUUUCUCACGGCAUCUCUUUCUUCCAGAAGUUCAAAUUUAGAUAUUAAUUACUUGACACUUCAUUGCAGUGUCUAAAAUGUUAGUAUUUCCUAUACUUAGUCAUCUAUAGAAAAUUAUAUUCAAGAACGCGAAAUAAAAAUAAUAAUUGAAAAGUCUCAUUAACAGCAUGUAGCAUUUGUUCCUCGAUGUCUACUGCAUUUCACUGGUCAUUUCUGCAGUGACACCAAUCCAUUUUUAUACCGUCAAUUUUUUUCAGAACACUGCUGACCGAUUCUGAGUGUAACUUGUGAAUUAAUCAUCAUUAACAGUCAUGAUACUAGCGACGAUUCAACCCGUAAUGUUGGCACCAUCUUUCGUAAGUGGCAGAAAAGCAUAUUAAAGACUUCGUUCGAUCUUUUCAUAUUCCACUUUUAUUUCCUGUGCCAAAGAGAUCCGUGUAUUUUUAUGGUAGGCUUACCAUAUAGACUUUAGCACACGUCAAAAGAAUAGAAUGUACAUUCGUAAAGGGUUGUUGUUAAAAGUGAAAAACUAUUAUAUUUUAAAUAAACUUACGUCAGUGACCUGUUUUGCUGCCAUGCGCCAACACAUUUAACUUGGAAUGUACAGUAGUACGUUAGAUACGUACUAGAGUAAUAACUAAUACACAAAUGGAAAAUCUCUCCUGAGUUUACAUAAAAACAGACCACCGUCCACGAAAAGGACUUUAUGAUGUUGUUAAUAUGUUUGUUAUUUAUUUUUGUACAUACUCAACAGAAUUUUAUAAUUACCAUCUUUUUGUAACUUUUUGCACUCUCAUGUUCUUGUUUCUGCGGUUACACGAAAUUGUUUUUAAAAUAAAUUUUAUUUUCGAAG